AUGAUGGCAACGCAGAAACUGUUGAUACCACCCACACAAGCAGCUCAACCCCCACGAAAGCGAAAACAAAAACAGUUAUCGUCGCAGAGGCAAAAGCUCGGAGCCGCAGCGGAAGGAACAGGAGGAGUCAAAGUCGCUGUCGAUGCGAUAACAUACCUCGACCAGAUCAAAGAGACGUAUUGCGAAGAACCAGAUGUCUAUCGAGAGUUUUUAGGGCUUAUGCAGGAUUUCAAGUCGGCGAGGACAACCGUAACACAGACUAUCACUCGAGUCGCCGUCCUCUUCCGUUCACACACAGAGCUGUACGAAGGGUUCAAUUCAUUCUUACCCCCCGGGUACGGGAUCGUGCCAAGUCCAAGUCGAGAUGGGAAAGAGUCCGAGGUCGAAGUGGUGAUUACAACGCCAGAUGGCGUGGAGAGAAGGGUGUUUCGUUGA